AUGUCUCUCACACGCUUCACAAGACUGUCCACUCGCAUCUCGUCCAGGCAAUUCUCCGUCUACACCACCAAAUUGGCCGACAAGUCCAAACUCGACGCCAAGAACCCCAACAGCAUCGGCCGAGAGUUCGAAUCCGACGGCAAGAUCGGCGGCAAAGCCCAAGCAGUCGGGGGAGCUUUUGCAGCAGAUGGUAAAGUCGGAAAGGAAUUCACCAAAGACGGGGCCAUUGGCGGUAAAGCACAAGAGAUGGCAGAGUCAAAGAGUGUAUUCGACAAGGAUGGAGCUAUUGGCAAGGAGUUCCAGGCUGAUGGGAAGAUUGGAGGCGCUGCAGAGAGUGUGGGCGGAGUGUUCAGUAAAGAUGGCGCCGUGGGAAAACAGGUGAGUGAGAAAGCGAAGAAUACGGCUUCAGCGGUGGGGACUGUUAUCACCGGAUAA